UCUCAGAAUCAACGGAUCUCUAGUUGUAUCCUAUAAAGCUUCGGCUACAUCAUUUUUCAUAUUUUGUUGCACUGGUAGGUAGCAUCUGUGAGGUGUAUAUUUGAAAAACACCCAGACUUGGCAUCAAAAGUCCGUUCUAAUAAUCAGAAUUUGAAGUCGACAUACAUGAAUGUUCUCCUUGGACUAAUUGAAACACUAUGCCAGUUGCCUGAGAAUCUCUCUGAUGAUGAUUUGUCUGAAGCAUCGGCUGCAGUUUUAUACUUAAAGCAGGUUGGCUUUAAAAUGGAUUGGUUGGAGAAGAAGCUCCAGAAAUUAAAGGAAAGGAAGAAGAAGAUGAACACUGGCAAGGCUCAGCUGCAACACAUGGAGGAAGAGUUUAAGAUACUCAACAAGAAAUGCUUAGACCUGAAAGAUCUUCUCGACAAGCAGAAUGAAGAUUUGUCGGCCGCCAAUGUUGCUUUCUCGUUCGACGAUGUUGUUUAAUGCUUCAAGAGUUGUCAGAAACUUGUAGUUUGGUUUUUUUACUUGGUAAACUGGU